AUGUAUUCUAACCUUGGAGCUCUGAUUCUUUAUCUCCUUUCGGGAUCUGCUUUAGCAUCCGCUAUCCCUGCACAGACACAAUCCCACGAUGUCACCCUUGUAGCUCGUGCAGCGACAGAGACAGCUGCGCCAGAGGGAUGGUUUACUACUACGAAAAACAUCGCUACUAUUGGCGGCACAACGGACAGAUAUGUUACCAUUCCCGCCAAAACAAUCUCAAUCGUCGUCCCAACAUGUGUCCAAACUCUCGAGCCUGAUGAGAAUGGAUAUCUGCCCCCAGGAACGUGCAACGCUCACUGGAACUACUACCCCAGCUUUGCGGCUGCCGUGAUAUUCGCUUUACUCUUUGCAGCCCUCACAGGCGUGCAUAUCUGGCAAGCCGCUCGGUACAAAAAGGUCCGGGUCAAUGCGUACGCAUACAUGACUCUCGGUAGAAUGGUCUACUACUUCAUACCCUCGCAGUCCCUCCUUCACAUGCCGGCUGCUACUCUUGCUGCUAUCUUUGUCGGUCUGGACAUUCUCUCGUUCAUCGUUCAGCUUAUUGGCGGCAGUAUGUCUGGACCUGGGUCACCACCAGACGAGCAGAUGAAAGCCGUGCAUAUCUACAUGGGCGGCAUUGGUCUGCAAGAAUUCUUCAUUGUCAUUUUUGUCGUCCUCUGCUUCCUCUUCCAGAAAAAGAUGCAUACCAUCGAGCGCCAACACAGGGGCAUCAAAGCCGUUGUUACCUCUGACUGGGGCAUGCUUCUUUGCACGCUAUACUUCUCACUAGCCAUGAUCUCUGUGCGCAUUAUCUACCGACUCAUUGAGUUCUCUGGCGGCAUGGGUCAAGAUAAUGCUCUAGUCACACACGAGGUGUACUUUUACAUUCUCGAAGCAGCACCCAUGUUCUUAGCGCUGUUAGCGUUCAAUGUCAUUCAUCCGGGACGGAUCAUGACAGGCCCCAAUUCCGAUAUGCCUGGACUGUUUUCGUUUAUCAAGAACAAGAUUCGGGGGCGAAAGGGAAAGCAGUUGUUGGACGAUCGCAGCGAUAGUGAUGUUGAGUUGAAUACCCGGUAUGAGCCGACACGAGAGGCUGGGCACUAUGAUACUGAGACCCCGCGCUAUGGAUAA